AUGCUUUAUGAGCUAAAUUGCUUUGAGCAGAGGCUAAUCUCACUUUGUUAACGAUAGCUGGCAGUGUAUAAUAUACCAAUGAGGACAUAAUUUUAUGCAAAUCACCCUAAUUUGAAUGAUCUCUCAUAUGCAUCAUUUGCUGUAAUAUAGUAAACUGUUGUGGUUACAGGAGGAAUGGAUUAUUUGGAUUAAAGUGAUGGGGAUAGCAGGCGAAAUGUUUGGCUAAUUCAACUUCCAAAGUAUAGUUUUGAGAAGAAAAUAAAUAAGUAUUAAAGAGUAGAAUUAAAUAUUCGCAGAGGAGCCAAUUUGCUUCAACCUAGAUACAGACAUUCCUCACUGUCUGAUGGAAUGAGGUAUGUUCAUGUGCUUGGAAAUCAUUCACCACCUCAAUCAAAACUAUAUGAAAAAUAUGAUUUUAUGUAGGAUACAUGGACAGAGGGCCCAGAAUUAUUAGAGGGAGGAAAAAAUCUCUCCUGUUGUUAUUUUAAAUCAGGAUUAAAAGAGGAAUCACUCUGGGUUUUCCACAAAAGUAUUAUAUAAAAGCUAAUUUUAAACAAGGAGGGAGAGAUUUGGAAAAGCAUUUUUGUUAGAGAAUAUGAACUACUGAAACCUUAUCAAAAGCAAGCAAUGAUUUAAUUAAAUGUAUAUUAGAUCUUGAUUUUCGGAGGAGAGACUAUUGAAGGUUGUAAAGAUAUUGAUGAGGUUUUUUAUCUUAAUGUUUAGGACAGAUUUAUUUCUUAUGGGCCAAAAUUACCUGAUAAAAUUUUGCCAGAAAACCCUGGAUACAGUCUAAACUCUUAUGCUAAAUUCUAUUUCCUCGGAAAUAUUGGCCAAAUCUAUAGCUUUGAUAAAGCAGAGAAGAAAUGGGAUAAAAUCCACUUCGAAUCAGGCUCAGUAUUUUGA